AUGCCGACUGUUCAUGUAGAUAAGGAAGAAUUUUACAAGGUGCUUGGAAGAAAUUAUUCUACAGAAGAAUUUCGUGAAUUAUGUUUCGAAUUCGGCAUUGAACUGGAAGAAGACACCUCGGAAAAAGAAUUGUCUAUCAGGAGAGUAGGUGCUGCCAAAGCUGGUGAUUUAUCGGAAAGGCCUACCUUAAAGAUUGAUAUUCCUGCUAAUAGAUAUGAUCUCCUUUGUCAUGAAGGUAUUUCUCGCGCAUUAUUAAUCUUUCAAGAAAAAGCACAGCCACCCGUUUACAAAUUACUUGAACCUGAGAAUGGUCGAGCACAAAUAAUCGUAAAACCAGAAACUGCAAAAAUUCGACCUUACAUUGUUGGUGCAAUACUGCGGAACGUUACAUUCACAGAGAGAAAUUACAAUAACUUCAUCGAUUUGCAGGAUAAGUUACACAACAAUCUCUGCAGAAAGAGAACCCUUGUUGCCAUCGGAACACAUGAUUUAGACACACUUAAAGCACCUUUUACAUAUGAAGCUCUUCCUCCAAAAAGCAUCAAAUUUGCACCAUUGAACCAGCCCAAGGAAUACGAUGGAGAAGAAUUGAUGCAAUUUUAUGAAAACGAUAAAAAUCUUGGAAAAUUUCUUCAUAUUAUUCGCGAUUCUCCAGUGUAUCCUGUGAUUUAUGAUGCAAAUCGCGUAGUUAGUUCUUUACCUCCAAUCAUUAACGGCGAACAUUCAAAAAUUAAAUUGAAUACGAAAAAUGUUUUUAUUGAAUGUACCGCAACGGAUUUAACAAAAGCAAAGAUUGUAUUGAAUACAGUUGUAACAAUGUUUUCCGAAUAUUGUGCAGAACCCUUCGCUGUAGAACCUGUAGAAGUUAUUUAUCCAGAUGGCACAAAACAUACUUAUCCGGAUCUUUCACCUCGCUCCAUGAAAGCCAAAGUUGAUUACAUUAAUUCGUGCAUAGGUGUAAAGAUCACCCCAUCAGAAAUCAUAACGCACCUAAAUCGUAUGACUCUUGGCGCAAAACUUGCUAACGAAGAUGCAACCGAGAUUUUAGUAGAAAUACCACCAACUCGAGCAGAUAUUUUACAUGCUUGUGAUAUUAUGGAAGAUGUAGCUAUAGCUUUCGGAUUUAAUAACAUUCCAAAAACUUUACCAGGUAGUACCACAAUUGGUAAAGCGUUGCCUAUCAACAAAUUGAGCGAUUUGGUUAGGAAAGAAAUUGCUAUGGCAGGUUGGACUGAAGUUUUGCCCCUGAUUUUGUGUUCACAUGAUGAGAACUUUGCGUAUUUGAAUAGAAAAGAUGAUAAUGCUACAGCAGUAAAAUUAUCCAAUCCAAAAACCUUGGAAUAUCAAGUUGUUCGUACUUCACUUUUGCCAGGAAUUUUAAAAACUGUAAGAGAAAAUAAAAAACAUGCAUUGCCUAUUAAAGUUUUUGAAGUUUCUGAUGUAGCCUUUAAGGAUGAUUCUUUGGAGAGGAAAGCAAGGAAUGAAAGGCACGUUUGUGCUAUUUAUUGCGCAAAAGUUUCAGGGUUUGAGUUCAUUCAUGGACUUGUUAACCGUCUUAUGGACAUGCUUCAUAUUAAACUUGUUUCCGCUAGCGGAGAUGAUAUUGGGUAUUAUAUUAAAGAAUCAGAAGUAGAUCCAACAUAUUUUCCUAAUAGAUGUGCGGAUAUUUUCCUUCGUAAACCUUUUAAAUCAUCUAAUUCAUCAUCAAUAGUAACAAGUAAAAUUGGUAACUUUGGUAUACUUCAUCCUAAUGUAUUAGAACAUUUUGAAAUAGUUUAUCCUUGUUCAGCUGUGGAAUUUAAUUUAGAGUCAUUGCAAUAA